AUGAGGCUUCGCAUGUUCCGCGAUUUCCUAUAUCUCCAGCGCUGGGAGCGGGAGGUGUUGAUGCGGGACUCACGUCGGGAUGGCUUUUUUGUGCGUGCGUUUCGCCAGGUACCGUGGUCGGGAGUCGCCAUGUUUUUCUUCAUCAUGGUCUUUUUUGGCGUGGACCUCGGUGCCGGCAUUAAACACACUGCCAAGCAGAUCCGGGAGAAGAAGGAAGACGCGAUGCAGUCUGUGCAGCUGCAGAAGGUGCAGGCGCGGCAAUGGUCCGUGGAGCAGGUGAAAAGCUUUCGUGAGGGGGAAAUUCCGAAGCCAUCGUGGACGGAGGGAGGCCCACGAGGGGCGAACCCGUCUGGUUAG